AUGUCAUCUGUAACUCGAAUCCAUAUGUUUAUUCACAGCAUGUUGAAUGUCAGUUGCCAGAGAAAAGCAGAGAACUCGGCUCUGCGAUUCCCCUUCACUCUGUCACUAGACAGCCCAAUGGAGCCUGCUGCGGUCGAACCAAGACCCACUGGGGUCAGCAGCCUCCUGGGUGUCCCAGGGCUCAUCACCUGGGAUGGGGACGAGGCGAACGACGCAGAGGUGAUCGGUGGCAUCAGGACCAAGUCCUCUCCUCUCCCACGGAGAAGGAGCGCCAAUGACUUAAAGGACUGUGUGCUCGAGCUGACCCCGUCCAACUCCCGGAGGGUGUCCUUUGCGGACGCCCUCGGCCUAAACCUGGUGAAAGUGAAAGAGUUUGACUCGUGGGACAUAACAAUCCCGUUGAACUUCAAUGCCCUGGAGGGAGAGAAAGAGGUAAAGGAAUACUACUUGUCCUCGUUAUACACUCCUCCACCAUCCCAAGACGCCAUGGUCCUGAGAGUUCAGGAGCAGAAGCUAGAGCUGGAAAGUAUUGACUUACUCCACCAGACUACAAUACUGAGGGGGGUGGUCCGCGUUUUCAAUGUCUCCUUUGAUAAGAUGGUGUACAUCCGCACCUCUCUGGACGCCUGGGCCACGCACUUUGACCUGCUGGCAGAGUACAUACCGGGGUCCAGCGAUGGAGACACUGACUGCUUCUCAUUCAAGCUCACCCUGGUGCCUCCCUUUGGGGAAAAGGGGGCCAGAGUGGACUUCUGUCUCCGGUAUGAGACCCCUGUUGGGACUUUCUGGGCCAACAAUAGUGACCAGAACUAUGUGAUGUUUUGUCACCAGAAAAUCAAAGAGCCGAAAGAAAAACCACAAAAAGACAAAAGUGGGCGCAGGAAAAGCAUCCUGAAAGACAUCAGGUGAGGAUAGUCAGAUCAAUCGAAACAGGUUUGUUUUGAGUGUCGAUUGAUGGAAUGAUUGAAUGCUAGUACUUUUUAUCAAAUUAAUAGAGGGGUUAUUUGUGUUAUGUGUGGUCCAGUCUAGUGGUCCAGUCAUGUGACAGCUAUGAUGCUUUCAUAUUGAUAAUGCCUCACCUCAAAAUACACCCUUUUACCAAAUUUGUUUUACUUCCUAAAGAUAAACCAACUGACAGUUUAUUGCAAAAUGAUGAUAUUACAGUAAAUGUUGGACAAUUGUUGUUGGGGUCUUUUUGCCCGAGCUUUCAUUUAAUUUAUUUACAGUCAUGAGUUUCCCUGUGACGAAAACUGGUCGUCAACCAAUGCUGAAUCUUCAGGUAAUCAUUAAUUGUACUAAAUCAUUAAAAAGUCAAAUGACUCAGACAUACAGCGGAUAAAAUCAAUUAGAUAAAGUCAUUAACUAAAACCAAUUAGAAUAAAUCAUUAGCUAAUGUCAAUUAUGAUUUUUCCUCUAGAUGUACACAACCGUGGAGGAAAGAUGGCUAGUGUGAACACUUCUGAGUCUCAGUCAGGAGCACUCCAAGAUGAUCGUCAGAAAUUACUGGUGAGUAACACCUGUGGCAUUUGGAUUUCGGAACAUCUACAGAUGUGUCAUUUAUCCAGUGUUUAUUUACAACAUAAGCCUUUGUGAUACAUAGAUUUACAUAACUUUUACGUAACUUUUUCAAAUGGGCCUUUGCAGGGCUUGAAAAGGAGACCGGGGUCUCGAUGUGACUCCUUAUUAAAAUAAAGGUCAGAUAAAAAAAUUAAAUAAAGAAUAAUAGUGAUUUUCUUGUUAUUGUGGCCUUCAAUGGGGUUUUCAUUUAGUGGAAUUAAAGGUUUGAACAGGGUUUAAUUUAGUUACUUUUUAAAUAUACAGUAAAUAUCAUGGUAAAAUGGUUAGGCUUAAACAGUUUGGGGUGACCUCAGAAACAAGAGACUGUGAACCCUGUUGCUCUUUCUCAAUAUGUCAUGUGAUUGCUGCUGUCUGAGCCCUGAGGGUCAUUACUUUAACAUUCUGUACUAGUUGCAUCUUUAUGACACUUGAGGACAUACAGUUUGUGUCCUCCUGAAGGAGUUAAAUGCUAAGUAUUUAUACAUGUUGCAUUACAGGAGCUAAGAGAGGUCUUACAUGGUCACAUGAGUGACUGAGCUAUACAUUGCAUUGGUAACACGCUCUCUUUAAAUGUAUAUUAGUCUCUCAUGAGUCGUGACAAACAAACACAUUAUAAUGUUACUGGCCAGAGGCCAGCGCUCAUGUGAGAUUUGGUUCGGGGUGCCAAGAUUAAAUGUACACUACCAGUCAAAGGUUUGGACAUAUCUACUCAUUCAAGGGUUUUUCUUUAUUUUUACUAUUUUUUACAUUGUAGAAUAUUAGUGAAGACAUCAAAACUAUGAAAUAACACAUAUGGAAUCAUGUAGUAACCAAAAAAGUGUUGAACAAAUCAAAAUAUAUUUUACAUUUGAGAUUCUUCAAAUAGCCACCCUUUGCCUUGAUGACAGCUUUGCACACUCUUGGCAUUUUCUCAACCAGCUUCAUGAGGUAGUCACGUGGAAUGCAUUUCAAUUAACAGAUGUGCCUUGUUGAAAGUUAAUUUGUGGAAUUUCUUUCCUUCUUAAUGCGGUUGCCAAUCAGUUGUGUCGUGACAAGGUAGGGGUGGUAUACAGAAGAUAGCCCUAUUUGGUAAAAGACCAAGUCCAUAUUAUGGCAAGAACAGCUCAAAUAUGCAAAGAGAAAUGACAGUCCAUCAUUACUUCAUUAGACAUGAAGGUCAGACAAUACUGAAAAUCUCAAGAACUUUGAAAGUUUUUUCAAGUGCAGUCGCAAAAACCAUUAAGUGCUAUAAUGAAACUGGCUCUCAUGAGGACCACCACAGGAAUGGAAGACCCAGAGUUACCUCUGCUGCAGAGGAUAAGUUCAUUAGAGUUACCAGCCUCGGUAAUUGCAGCCCAAAUAAAUGCUUCACAGAGUUCAAGUAACAGUUACAUCAACGGAUGAUCUCUGCAUGUGUAGUUCCCACCGUAAAGCAUGGAGAAGGAGGUGUUAUGGUGUGGGGGUGCUUUGCUGGUGACACUGUCUGUGAUUUCUUUAGAAUUCAAGGCACACUUAACCAGCAUGGCUACCACAGCAUUCUGCAGCAAUACGCCAUCCCAUCUGGUUUGCGCUUAGUGGGACUAUCAUUUGUUUUUCAACAGGACAAUGACCCAACACACCUCCAGGCCGUGUAAGGGCUAUUUGACCAAGAAGGAGAGUGAUGGAGUGCUGCAUCAGAUGACCUGGCCUUCCCAAUCCCCCGACCUCAACCCAAUUAAGAUGGUUUGGGAUGAGUCGGACAGCAGAGUGAAGGAAAAGCAGCCAACAAGUGCUCAGCAUAUGUGGGAACUCCUUCAAGACUGUUGGAAAAGCAUUCCAGGUGAAUCUGGUUGAGAGAAUGCCAAGAGUGUGCAAAGCUGUCAUCAAGUCAAAGGGUGGCUAUUUGAAGAAUCUCAAAUUUAAAUUAUAUUUUGAUUUGUUUAACACUUUUUUGGUUACUACAUGAUUCCAUAUGGGCUCCCGAGUGGCGCAGCGGUCUAAGGCUGUCACGAAUUCAGCCGAGGCUGCCCCUCCUCCUUGCUCGUGCAGUCUUCGGCGUUCGUCGUCACCGGAGUACUAGCUGCCACCGAUCUAUGUUUCUGUGUUCUACUUGUUUUGUCUUUAUUGUACACACCUGGUUCCCAUUAUGUUCAUGAUUUUGUUCCCUAUUUAAUUCUCUGGCUCCCAUUGUGUUGUGUGCGUGUUUGUUCUAUGUUUGGUGUCAUCGACUGGUGAGCGGGAUUUGUCCUCCCUGCGUGGAGAUUAUGUUAAUUUAUUUUCACAAGUAAAGUACGUUGUCUACUAGCUCUGUGUCCUGCGCCUGACUCCGUCCUACCGCUACACACUGACACCUGACAGAAACACGCACCUAAUAUGGAGUCAGCAGGUACAUUCAUUCCUUCAGGAUCAGUGGAUGAACACGUCCAGCAGCAAGCAACCAUGAUACAGACUCUCGGCACAGCCAUGGAUCGCGUGUUGAACACUAUGGAGUGAUGGGAGAGAGGGGGUUUUCCUACACCUCCUUCAACUACACUGCAACCCACACCGCUGUCCACCCCUUCGUCACCUGGGUCCAGUGGGAUUCGGCUCUCGCUCCCGAGGGCAUAUGAUGGUACAGCUGCCGGGUGCCAGGGUUUUCUGCUCCAUGUAGAGCUCUACCUGGCGACCAUCCACCCGGCUCCCUUGGGAUACGAGAGCGUGUUCGCCCUCAUCUGCUGUCUGUCGGGGAGAGCGCUCGAGUGGGCCAAUGCCGAGUGGGGAGGAAUAGACGCGGCGUCUGUGCGCUAUGAAGAUUUCACCCGCCGCUUCCGGGCGGUAUUUGAUCAUCCACCGGAGGGGAGAGCGGCGGGGGAACGUCUGUUCCACCUCAGACAGGGGAAGAGGAGCGCUCAGGACUUCGCACUGGACUUCAGGACCCUGGCAGCCAGCGCGGGAUGGAAUGAGAGGGCCCUGAUUGACCACUACCGAUGCAGCCUACGGGAGGACGUUCGUCGGGAGCUGGCCUGCAGGGACACCACCCUUAACCUGGACCAGCUGGUGGAUGUGUCGAUAAGGCUGGAUAACCUGUUGGCCACCCGCGGACGUCCGGAUCGGGGUCCGUCCAUUCCAUCCCCCAGCACCUUCGACCCUACACCGAUGGAGCUCGGAGGUGCUGCUCUCAGGGAGACCGGAAGGGGGGCCGUUUCCUGCACCAACUGUGGCCGCAGAGGACACACUGCUGGUCGGUGCUGGGGAGGGUCCUCAGGGAGUCGAGGCAGCAGGCAGAGCACUGGUGGACCUUCCCAGGUGAGUAGGCACCCGACUCACCCAGAGCUCCCUGUUGCGCACAUGUGUAUUGACAUAGAGUUUUCCCCGCAUUCCCAGCAUAAGGCUCUCGUAGAUUCAGGCGCAGCUGGGAACUUUAUUGAUCGUAUAUUUGCCCAUAUAUUAGGGAUUCCUAUUGUUCCUGUUGAUGUGCCCUUCCCUGUACAUGCCUUAGAUAGUCGCCCUUUAGGGUCAGGCCUGAUUAGGGAGGUCACAGCUCCACUCUGGAUGAAAACGCAGGAGGGUCAUGAGGAGAGAAUUAGUCUCUUUCUGAUCGAUUCUCCUGCGUUUCCAGUGGUGUUGGGGCUUCCCUGGUUAACCUCUCAUGACCUCACUAUUUCAUGGCAACAGAGAGCUCUCAAGGGAUGGUCACGUCAGUGCUCGGGGAGGUGUGUAGGUGUUUCCAUAGGUGCAACUACGGUGGAAAGUCCAAACCAGGUCUCCACUAUGCACAUUCCCCCCGAAUAUGCCGAUUUGGCUCUCGCCUUUGGCUCUCCAGGUUUGGCUCUCCAGGUAGGCGCUGUACUUCCCCGGAGUCACGUCUAUCCUCUGUCACAGGAGGAGACGGCUGCUAUGGAAACAUAUGUCUCCAAAUCUCUGGGACAGGGAUACAUUCCGCCUUCCACUUCACCUGCCUCCUCAAGUUUCUUUUUUGUGAAGAAGAAGGAUGGAGGUUUACGCCAGUGCAUUGACUACCGCGGUCUCAAUCAGAUCACUGAUAAGGACAGUUAUCAUUGCUAGUGUGACAGAGUCAUUGUACGGGGCGUGCUUCUUCACCAAAUUGGAUCUCAGGAGCGUGUACAACCUGGUGCGUAUCCGGGAGGGGGAUGAGUGGAAGACGGCAUUUAGUACCACAUCUGGGCACUAUGAGUACCUCGUCAUGCCGUAUGGGUUGAUGAAUGCUCCAUCAGUCUUCCAAUCCUUUGUCGAUGAGAUUUUCAGGGACCUGCACGGACAGGGUGUAGUGGUGUAUAUAGAUUACAUUCUCAUAUACUCCGCUACACGAGCCGAGCAUGUGUCCCUGGUACGCAAGGUGCUUGGUCGACUGUAGGAACAUGACCUCUACGUCAAGGCGGAGAAAUGUCUGUUCUUUCAACAGUCCGUCUCCUUCCUAGGGCACAACCUGUCCGCGUCAGGGGUGGAGAUGGAGAAUGACCGCAUUUCGGCUGUGCGUAAUUGGCAGACUCCAACCACGGUUAAGGAGGUGCAGCGAUUCUUAGGAUUUGCCAACUACUACCAGAGGUUUAUCCGGGGCUUUGGUCAGGUAGUGGCUCCCAUUACCUCCUUGCUGAAGGGGGGACCGGUGCGACUGCAGUGGUCAGCUGAGGCGGACAGGGCUUUUGGUCACCUGAAGGACCUGUUUACCUCGGCUCCUGUGCUGGCUCAUCCGGAUCCCUCCUUGGUAUUCACAGUAGAGGUGGACACGUCCGAGGCUGGGAUAGGAGCUGUACUGUCUCAGCGCUCGGGUACGCCACCAAAGCUCCGCCCCUGUGCUUUCUUUUCGAAGAAGCUCAGCCCGGCAGAGCGCAACUAUGAUGUGGGGGACCGGGAGCUUGUUAGCUGUUGUCAAGUCUCUGAAAGCGUGGAGGCAUUGGCUUGAGGGGGCUAAACACCCUUUCCUCAUUUUGACUGACCACCGCAAUCUGGAGUACAUCCGGACGGCGGGGAGACUGAACCCUCGCCAGGGCAAGGUGAGCUAUGUUUUUCACCUGUUUUGUGUUCACCCUUUCUUACAGACCAGGUUCCCAGAACGCCAAGGCAGACGCUCUGUCCCGGCUGUAUGACACAGAGGAGAGGUCCAUGGAGCCCACUCCCAUACUUCCGGCUUCUUGUCUGGUGGCACCGGUGGUAUGGGAGGUUGACGCGGACAUCGAGCGGGUGUUACGUAAGGAGCCCACUCCCCCCCCCCCCCCCCCCCUCCCCCAGUGUCCAGAGGGUCGUAUGUACGUUCCGUUAGAUGUCCGCGAUCGAUUGAUCUAUUGGACUCACACGUCACCCUCCUCUGGUCAUCCUGGCAUCGGUCGGACAGUGCACUGGGAAGUACUAGUGGCCCACUUUAGCUAAGGACGUGAGGGUUUAUGUUUCCUCCUGCUCAGUGUGCGCCCAGUGCAAGGCACCUAGACACCUGCCCAGAGGGAAAUUACAACCCCUACCCGUUCCACAAUGGCCCUAUUUACACACGUCUUCUGGCACUACAGGGUACCUGAGGAUAUAGUGUCUGAUCGGGGUUCCCAGUUCACCUCAAGGGUCUGGAGGGCGUUCAUGGAACGUCUGGGGGUCUCGGUCAGCUUGACCUCAGGGUUUCACCCCGAGAGUAAUGGGCAGGUGGAGAGAGAAAACCAGGAUGUGGGUAGGUUUCUGCAGUCCUAUUGCCAGGACCGGCCGGGGGAGUGGUCGGUUUUCAUCCCCUGGGAAGAGAUGGCCCAAAACUCCCUCUGCCACUCCUCUACUAACCUUUCUCCAUUUCAGUGUGUAUUAGGUUAUCAGCCGGUCCUGGCACCAUGGCAUCAAAGCCAGAUCGAGGCACCUGCGGUGGAUGAAUGGUUAUGGCGCUCGGAGGAGACCUGGAACGCUGCCCAUGUACGCAUGCAAUGGGCUAUCAGGCGACAGAAGGCGAGCGCCGACCGCCACCACAGUGAGGCCCCGGUGUAUGCACCAGGGGACCGGUUCUGGCUCUCGACCCGAAACCUGUCCCUUCGCCUGCCCUGCCGGAAGCUGGGUCGGCAGUUUGUGGGGCCAUUUAAAGUCCUGAGGAGAUUGAACGAGGUUUGUUAUAGGUUACAGCUUCCUCCUGAUUACCGUAUUAACCCCUCGUUCCAUGUGUCUCUCCUCAGGCCAGUGGUAGCUGGUCCACUCCAGGAGUCUGAGGUAUGGGAGGUUCCUCCGCCCCCACUGGACAUCGAGGGGGCACCGGCGUACUCGGUCUGUUCCAUCCUGGAUUCGAGGCAUCGGGUGGGGGGCCUACAGUAUCUCGUGGAGUGGGAGGGGUACGGUCCGGAGGAACGGUGCUGGGUCCCUAGGAGGGACAUCCUCGAUCCCUCCAUGUUGAGGGAUUUCCACCAUCGUCAUCCGACUCGCCCUGCUCCGCGUCCUCCUGGCCGUCCCCGAGGCCGGUGUCGGCGCACGGCUGGAGACGCGUGUCAAGGGGGGGGUACUGUCACAAAUUCAGCCGAGGCUGCCCCUCCUCCUUGCUCGGGCAGGCUUCGGCGUUCGUCGUCACCGGAGUACUAGCUGCCACCGAUCUAUGUUUCUGUGUUCCACUUGUUUUAUUGUACACACCUGGUUCCCAUUAUGUUCAUGGUUUUGUUCCCUAUUUAACCCUCUGGCUCCCGUUGUGUGCGUGUUUGUUCUAUGUUUGGUGUCAUCGACUGGUGAGCGGGAUUUGUCCUCCCUGCGUGGAGAUUAUGUUCAUUUAUUUUCAGUUUGGAUGUCUUCACUAUUAUUCUACAAUGUAAAGAAUAGUAAACAUAAAGAAAAACCCUUGAAUGAGUAGGUGUGUCCAAACUUUUGACUGGUACUGUAUAUAAAUAUGUUUUGGCUUGGUCAUGAGCAAUAUUUAAUCUGAACGUGCCUCUCUAAAUGUCAUCCUCCCCAAACUAGCCUAACAAUUGAGGAGGCAUUGGGUGAGAAAGAUUAACUGAAUCUAUCCUUCUUGUUGUUUGACAGGUUGAGGGCAGCCGGAACUCCAGCAGAAACAAAUGACGAAAGGCAGCACGAUUGGCAAAGGUGUGGGACUACUUCACCCAGAGAGAGGAUGAGACCCAAGAGAAAGAGAAGGGAGCAGUGGAACCAUCACCGAUCCCACAGGAAAGCACAUUCCCACAGGAAAAGCUUUCAAAUGGGCAUGAGGUACAACCACUGCCAACACAGGGCAGGAAAGAGUUUGGGCUGCAGGCGACAGAUUCUCUGUCUACGUGCAAACUGUCUCCUGGUGUCCAGGACAGCACGUCUUGGGAGGAGUCACUGAAACCUGAGAAAAUAGACUCAACGUUCCGAUCAGCCCCAUCAGAGCUGAGAGGGAAACAGGCCUCUCUGAUCCCCAGCAGCAAGUCAGAUUCAACUGAUCAACCCGCUGCUCUGAGCCAAAAUGGUGAUACGUCUGUUUCUAAAGUGGAGGGAAGUGCUCUGAUGCAGAUGGAAACGGAGAAGGGUGGAUCUGCCAUCAGCACAGACAUAACAUAUUCAGAUAGCACUGUCAGGUUGGAUAACAGCACAGCAGGCCCAGUACCAGGCAGCCAGACCAAUAGCUUUACGUUUGGUAAUGUUGUGGCCCCACUAUACUGUCAGGUAUUUGGUAGAGUGGAGAGUAGGAGUCAGAGUUUAACCCAUAGAGGGAAUCAAACAAGUGGGCGAUUGCAUGAAGGGGAUUGAACAGUCUACACAGCCCAGAGUUACCCAUCCACAGAGGAAGCAGAAACUCACUCCUGUGUUUCAACUGAUACUCGUGGAACACCUGAAGACAAGCCUGUAGAUCAACAGGGGUCUCUUAAAUCAAACCCAGAACACUUCAGCUCUGGAUUAAGGACAGAAAAAGAGUCUGAACCUAAACUUCUGUCAGAAGAGGCAGGAGGUCUUCUCAGGACUAACACUGCCUUGAACACUGCUGCUGCUCUCAAAACACAAACCCCAUUACCAAACACAAAACUUUCACAAACCCCAUUACCAAACACAACACUUUCACAAACCCCAUUACCAAAUACAACACUUUCACAAACCCCAUUACCAAACACAACACUUUCACAAACACAAAAAUCAUUACCAUACACAACACUUUCACAAUCUCCACUAGAAGCAACACUUUCACAAACUCCACUAGAAGCAACACUUUCACAAACUCCACUAGACACAACACUUUCACAAAUACAAACUCCAGUAGACACAGCACUUUCACAAACACAAGGCAGUCUCCUACAGUCACAAACUGAAAUGGGGUCAAAGCAUGUCUCUGCUGAGAUGACUCUGCAGGGGGCCAGUUGUGGAUAUGAGAGACCUGAUGAGUCAGAUGAAAUGGAGAACCCUCUCUCAGCCAACACAGAUGAAUGGUCAACUGGCACAUUCACAGAAAUAGCAGACACACCUAUAGCCAUGCUAGAGCCUGUGGAUGCUGACCUAAAGGUUUUCACUUCAACAACAGAGACAGAGGAAAAGCUCACCACUGAGCACCGAAACUUUGCUGUCCCCUGUACGGACACACUGGAGGAAGAAACCAGUGGGACAGCGUUGAAAGAUGAUUACAUUGUCAUUAAGGAAUGGACAUCAUUGGAGAAAUUGAUGAGAAAACAAACAGAUCAAGUGAAGAAUGAACUAUCAUUUGAAGUGUCAAACACCUUAUGCAAUGAAGAAAACCGGCAUUCUAUUGACAAUUAG